CGUGUUCUCGGCUGUGGGUUUUAGCCAAGGCUGCAGCGCCUGGAGGCCGAGCGAGUGACAGCGGCUUUCUCGGGCGCCCACACCCGGGCAAUGCGAUUUCUGGAGCCCCUGGGGCGCAGCUUGGGCUCUCGCUCCUCUCGGGCGUCGCCUGAGCCUGAGAGGCCCGGAAGCCUCUGCAGCUCGAGGAGGUAGGGAGGUGAAGCCGAGGCGCCCAGGCUCCCCCACCCCUCUACCCCCCCGCCCCAUUCACCCCAGUGCGGGGAGCCGGAUCGCGGGACGCUGAGGCCGGGACGGGAUCCUCCACACGAGGCCGAGGGAUCCCUGGUCUCGGCACCCGGGUGGGCUGAGAAGAAAAUGGUGCAAUCUGAGAGCGGCUGACCCCAGCUGGUUAGAGCAAGCGGUGCCGGAGUGCUUGGGCUCAGGUGGCGAAGGGGGCGGGUUGCUUCGAGCAGCCGGGCUCCGGGUUUUCUUCGUGCCCGCAGCAUUUUCUCAGCACCUGGGCAUCUCGCACGCGGGGCUGCGGAAGGCCAGGUGAAGUGGAGCAGAAGGGACAUUGGAGAGGGCCGGGUGCACACACUCCAGGAAGAAGAAGGCGCUGGAGAGAGCCGCAUGACACCGGGGAGGCUGGCGGCUGGGCCGGCAGCUCGCCACCCCUGAGCGACCUGUCCAUGGUGUUGAAGGAGCUCCGAGCGCUCCGGGUGCGCCCUCCUCUGUGCAGUCCAUCCCUAACGCCCGUCAGCUGCCGCCCAGUCUCUGCAAACCCCGGGCCCUGAACAGUCGCGCAACGCCGCCCGAGUGUCCCCGCUGUCCAAAAGCGGGGCUGUCUGAAUGGGGAGACCAGGGGCAGGCCAUACGGGAGCUCGCGGGCAAAGGCUGGUAGAGACCAUGCGUCUGCGGGCAGCUCGCUUCUGAGAGCACCCGUGGGGUCGGCAGGAGUCAAGGACCUACUGGUGAUCAGAGGACCCAGGCUUUGAAAAGACCCAACCUGGAAAAGAACAGUUCUGGGCACGCGUCCCCGGCCUUCGGCUGCAGACCGAAAAGGGGAGGAGAGUCCCAGAGAAAGAGAUCCAGGCUGCACUCCGGGCAACCGGCCGUGAGCGCAAUCCGUCCUUCGGCGAAGUGUCCUCAGAUCCCCCUCCCUAUCAUUCAUUCCCAGGAAGCCAGGACUGUCACUCCGGUCAGCAAGCUGCACAGAGAAACCCCAGCAAGCCUCGCCGUGGUCGAGAGCACUUGGUGUUUAGUUUGUGAUUGCUGGGCUGCGUGCAGAGGCGGACGGAGGGUUAGGACUGUUGCCCCCUGAACGGUGGGAAGUGGCAGUGCUGAGUUCACCACCGCGAGAGGAGGCUGCACCUGCCCGGAGGAUGCUCAGGACCCUGCGGGAGCCUCUCCGGAUCAGAACUUUUUAGGCUGCCCGCCUCUACUCCCGCAGUCCCCCAGCCGUGUACCCGCAGGUGGGGGCCGAGGGGGGCGCCGCGGCGCAGAUUCCCUCCCGUACCCACCCCUAGCUCGGCCGCCCGCCGCUUUGUUCCGGGCGCGCGGAGGGAAGGCGAGGCUGCGGCGGAUCAUGCCCAUGGUGUAGCCGCCAAGCGGAGGCAUGGCUGCCGGAAGGUUACUGCUCUAUACGGGGCUUUCGCUAGCGCUCUGCGCCCUCGGCAUGUUGGCUGUGGCCAUCUGCUCCGACCACUGGUACGAGACGGACGCCAGGAAGCACAGGGACAGGUGCAAGGCCUUCAACACCCGCCGGGUCGACCCCGGCUUCAUUUACAACAACAACAACAACUUGCCUCUGCGCGCCAGCCGCUCGCGCCUGGACCGCUGGGAGGGCAAACUCCUCCGGGCCCGGAAUCGCCGGCAGCUGUUCGCUAUGAGCCCCGCGGACGAGUGCAGCCGCCAAUAUAACUCCACUAACAUGGGCCUCUGGAGGAAGUGCCACCGGCAGGGCUUCGACCCGGAGAUCGCCGCCCUCAUACGGAAAGGAGAAAUUGAGAGAUGCACGUACAUCAAAUACCACUACUCUUCAGCAACCAUCCCCAGGAACCUCACAUUCAACAUCACGAAGACCAUUCGCCAGGAUGAGUGGCACGCCCUGCAUCUGCGUAGAAUGACAGCUGGCUUCAUGGGCAUGGCAGUGGCCAUCAUCCUCUUCGGCUGGAUCAUCGGCGUCCUGGGCUGUUGCUGGGACCGAGGCCUUAUGCAGUAUGUGGCAGGGCUUCUCUUCCUCAUGGGAGGAACCUUCUGCAUCAUUUCACUGUGCACCUGUGUGGCUGGGAUCAACUUUGAGCUAUCACGUUACCCACGCUACCUAUACGGACUCCCGGAUGACAUCAGCCAUGGCUAUGGAUGGUCCAUGUUCUGUGCAUGGGGGGGCCUGGGCCUCACACUAAUCUCGGGAUUCUUCUGUACCUUGGCCCCCUCUGUCCAACCUGUCCCGAGGACCAACUGCCCUAAAUCCAGACCAGAGAAUGGGACAGUGUGCUAAAAAACAAACAAACCCAUACCUAUAUAUAUAUAAAUAUAUAUAUAUAAUAUACAUAUAUAAAAUGAAACUCAAUCAAGAUGAUGCCAGUGCCAAGGUAGAGUUGAGUUGGCUCAGGCACCUGCAUCUCACCAGACUUUGUGUUGCCUCAUGUCCAAGAUGGGAAAAGUAUCCCCAUCCUGUGGCUCUCUCAUCCGUUUUUGACUUUGGCUUCAUGAUUUCCUCAAGACAGAGUGAAAGCCACCACAGGCAUCUUGAUCCUUGUCACUUGUAAGGAUGUGGCGGUGACCUGGACGGGACAGAGGCAGUGGUCUGAAGCGACUCAGAUUCAGAGAAGGAAGUGCCACACUCUGGGCCAACAGGAGAGAACACCACCACCCCAGCCAUCAGAUCAUGGGGGAAACUCAGUCCCUUGAGUUCAUAGAAUGUAACCACAUCUUUGAGGCCAUUUUCAGAACCACUUCUCUGCUCUUCCUGUUCUGAGCUCCUUCCCAACCCACCAGCGACACAGCACAAGUGGAAGAGAAAACAGACCGAGAAGGAAGUUUUCUCAUUGUGGCCAAACCUUUGGACGAUGCUUUAGAGGUGGGAAGGGGAGAGAAGAUGCUGAGAGGCAAGAUCCACAUCAACUAAAGGACAUUCCAGUGGAUGCUCAGAAAACCCAGUCUUACCUUCCAGCUGCCUUACACCCAGUUAAACAAGAGGCCACCCUGUCCUCCCCUGCCUGUGCUCUCUGGGCAGAUUGGAGCCUUUGAGUAAUGCUGUGAUGUGUGUGUGUGUGUGUGUGUAUGUACGAGUGUGGGGGUGGGUGGGGUGCACACACAUGCAUGUGUGCACGUGUGUAUAGGUGUUGGGUGGUUACCUUUUUCUUUUUCACUCUGUGAAUGGAACUAUCAUAUUACUCUGUUGUCUCUCUCACUAUUGUUGUUUUUGACCCAUUAUGGAGGCCCCAAGGACUGGGAAUUAUCUUGAGGGGCAGGCCUUCAGGGGUGCCAAUGCAGCAGCUGCAGAUCCCUGGAGAGAGACAAAAGCGAGUGUGUGUGUGUGUGUUUGGUGUGUGUGUGUAUGUCCACAUAUGUGUGCAUGCACACGUGGUGGAUAUUUCAUGAGUGUGGGACUUUAUAAUUUGUGUUGCAUUUAUUUUCUAUUAUUUUGGUACAGCUGAAAUUCCCAGAGGGCAAACCAAGAACAAAACUACUGGGCCACAGAACCCUGUGGUACCUCACAGUAUGGUUCUGGAACUCCGCAAGAUUUAGUCCACUAAUUUUGGAAGUUCAAGACACAGCUGGGCACAAAAGUCAUAAGAGAAGAGGGGGAAAACAUACAGUUCAGGAGAGAAAAGGAAUGUUGCUUCUGGUUGCUGAUGUGCGAGUACGUAUACCAAACAAGACCUUCACUCCCCACUGUGGGGGCUGUCCUUUGUCACUGGACGUCUGCUCCUUUUCUAGGGGGGCCCUGGACAGAGGGAAGGAACUGAGUCACACGCAGAGAGAGCACCUCCAUGUCCCAUGCGCUCAAGUUUGUAUGAUAUUAUGUAAAUUAAUGGAGAACUCUCGACUCUUUCCAUUCUCUUCCCUUUCCUCUUGAUCUUCAAGGCCAUGAAUCCCAAAAUAGCUACCUAUCUUAGAGGCUAGCACCCAAACUGAGGUGCCAUCCAAACUGACAAGGCCGUCCAGGUAUCUCAGGCUCACCUGAGCAAAUUCGCACUGGGUGCUGGCAAGUGAAGAAGUCAGCCAGAGCUGUGAAUGCCACAGGGCAGGAGCAGCUCAUGGUUACCUUGGGAACCCUGCUGGUGCCAAGUGUCCCUGGGGUGGCAAGGAGAGAAUCCUGAGCUGGCACAGCCAUGGUCAGCCAUGCAGAAGGGGAGCUCAGCAGCUGCAGAACAGAUCUGCUUUGGAGACUCUGCCAACCACUCGGCAGCCUUUCUCCCCCACGUGCUCUGUCUGUCACAGCUCCCUAGUGUGUGUGUGUGUGUGUGUGUGUGUGUGUGUGUGUGUGUGUGUGUGUAACUCCUAUCAGGUGAAAUAUCUGAUGGAUUUCAAUGUGGGUCUCUCUUAGUGUGUGUCAUUUUGGUGCACUCUGUGUGUGUGUGUGUGUGUGUGUGUGUGUGUGUGUGUGUGUGAUAUAUCAUUGUGUACCUAUAUACAGGUGUGGUUGCAUUUCUCAAGACCUCCUCCUAAGGGCCCUGGUCAGAUUCUACAGCAGACCUUGCAUGUGAGCACCCGGAGUGUAGGUGUACCAGGUGAACAGGGGCAAGCUGGUGUCAGGAAAUGCUGCUGGCAUCCAAUUGAGAGUUUUUAAAUUUAUAUAUUUAAAUCAAAUGCUGCUCCCUCUCCUGGUUUCCCCUCAUGGAGACCUCCCCCACUGAGAUUUCUAAGGAUCAUUUUAGAGACAAAGGGCAUAUUCUAUGAUAAGGGAAAUCAUUUUCAAAAAAACCCUCAGUUUUGUUUAAAUUGACAAUUUUCUUUUUCUUUGACAAGCUAGACUUUUCUCUUAAGGUGAAAGAAAGACUCUUGGAUUGAGAGGUCUUUUGUUUUCUCUGUGGGUAUCCUGAGCUGAACAGGGAUAAGCAGGUAGGUAUAUAUAUCCAUGAACACCCACUUGGGGCACUUUUCUGUGACUGAAUGCUAAUUCCAACUGUUUUCCAGUUGCAAAAAGAUAGGGGAAGCUAAGCCAAAUGGGACAUUUUGUUAUUAGCUAUUUAAACUUUUUUUGAGUAAACUUGCUUGAAUGUUUAUGCUUUAUUUUUAAAAACCCAUACUCAAUCAUAAACAGAUCAUCUGCUCUCUCCAAUUGCCCAACACCGUGAUAAAACUUUUAGUGAAACUCACUCCAUGGACCCCCAGGAAGGAGAUAGACUCUCUGGGCUCAGCUCAUCAACUCAGCAUCAGCAGAACAGGACCUUAGAGUAACUCUUUCACUAUUACAACUGGACAGGCACAGAUACCGAUGCUGGAUUCUGAUCCUUCUUAGCAACAAAACAAUCAGGAUGGAAGUCUCCAUACUGAUAGCAGACAGCAAUCUCUGUCCCAGUGAUCUGACUCCUCUACCACAGGGGAUUGACCACUGGUUAAAACAAGCCCCUCUGAUGCAGUUUCUGGAGCUUUCUGGCUGUGAGGCAGCUAAGGACUGCAUAAAGAAGGAAGAGACAUGUCUUGGUAUGUGACACUCUCUAGGUCAGACUCUUCUAACUCCAAACCAUAGACUUCAACCUUGUGAGGGGACCCUGGUUCCUACCCAGGUCAAGUUCCAAUAGCUGUAUGUAUUCAAGGAGUUCAGUUGCACAUGCCGUGGGCUCUGUGCAAACCAGCAGCAUGAGGCCACUUUCAACAGUCACUUCUUUUGCUCUCUCCUAGAUUGGAGGUUUGGGAAAGUUGGGGUCUAACUAGGGCUAAAUACAAUUUUCUGUUCGCAUUGGGGAGUUAUGGCUCUUUUCCAACUUUCCUUCUCCCCGUGGCUUUCCUUAUGAUCCAUUUGUGACAGUUAACAUCUUAGGGAGGCAAGAUACUUCAAGCACUUCUCUCCUUGUUUGCCAUGGCCCGAGGUCUCACAAGGAGCUGUGUUUAUCACGAACAUAUGAAAAAAAAAGUUUGUCCUAGCUUUAGUCACCAGACAGCUUUUCAGCAGCCUUUCUCAUUUCUAGGGAUCAUGAAGGCAUAAUUAGAGAGCUCCCCCAGAGCCAAAUAAGUCUUCAUUGGCUUCAGGUCCUUCAGUGGUAGCCUGGGCCCUGACACCGUACUGGUGUAUUCUCCCCCAGGGUAGGUUUUCUACCCAAAUGUGUCACCUCUCCUCAAUAGGAAAGGGAACCCUGAGAUUUUGCAUCUCUUUAGACAUCCAUAUACAUUGUAAGAGACCUAAUUAGAAAGCACCAUAGUUUUCUCCUGACUUCAGGAAGAUGUGUGAUUUAGGUCUCCAGUGUUGCUCACCUAUGUAAUAUUCAUAAUAACGAGGUCACAUUCAUUGCUCAGAGCAUUUGGUGUCAACUGUCUUCUGCUGGGGACAUUCAUUCACUGACUUUCAAUCAUGUAGGGGAAGAAAUAGACACAUGCACCCUCUGUCUUAGUUUCUGUGAAAUACUGGUUACCUCUCAUAGUUAGAGAGAAUCUUCUUGCUUGGAAGAGUCUCUGCUGCUUCUGGCCUGAUAUGCCCCAGUGAACACAUCCAUCCCUCUCCAGGGAAACAUGAUGAGUCAGAAGACCUGAUUUUACAGACUAGCAGUAAGCCUUGCUGCUAUCUUCCAGCCCAGACAGACAGAGGAAAGGGGCAGAUUAUUUUUCUUUUUAAAGCAAGUCCUAAGAGACGAUGCAUCCAAAUGGUUCUGGUGCCUCUCAGGGUGCUUGACUUCUGGGGUCAUGUUUACCAUUUCUCCAUCCAUGCUGCUAUGCCACAAAAACAUUCUGUUGACAUUGGUCCUAGUCCUUAGACUAGGUUAUUACCAGCUAUUAAGUUUCCUCCCUGAGGACUACAUGCUCGUUGUAGAAAACCAUGAGAAAAGCAUGCAAAAGACUGAGAGACUGGUCAGAAUCUCAUUGCUCUGAGGCCCCUACCAUGGAUCCAGUCAUAAAGGUUCAGACCUCAGAACCUCUCAAUGAGUGGUUGUCAUUGGGUGAGUCGAUGGGGCCAGGACAACAUGGCAUGGCCACAGAACUGCACCGAUUGGCAUCAGUGACUGUGUGUUCUUGGCAGCAAUACCAACCAGAAGAGUAGCAAGGAGGCAUUUGAAAGCUCAUGACAGAGCUAAAGAUCUGCCCCCCCUUCUCUCCCCUACUUCUUUUUUUCAGGUGCCAUUUCAGUCUAAUCAUAAGUAUAAAUUCACCUCAACCAGAGAAACUCACUAAUUAAGCUACACUUGUAUAACACAGCAAAGGCUGAACACUUCAUUCUGCUCUGUACUAAAACAAUUUGUGACUCUGGGCACUGUGUCUUCUCCAUACUUGAACUUCCUCAUCUACAACAUGAGGACGGUGAUAACACUUUACCUCAUGGUAUAUUAAGGUCGACAAAGAAAUUGCGAAGCAAUUUGCAAACACAAGUGUCUAUGAAUUAUGAGCUGUUCAAAUUGCCCAUUAUCAGCAGUGCAGCCACUACAAUGGAAUGGUUCCAUCAAGGCUCUGCCAAGAGGAUAAUGUAGAGUAGGAGAGGCCAUCUUGGUUGCUGAACUUGAGUGUAGCUAGCCAACUGAAGCACAUAGGAUUCAUGUCUCCUUUCAAGCCCUCCAGAGAAAUGGUCUCCUUCAUAGUCUUUACCCAUUGCCAGACUCACUUCCUUUACUUCAAGGCCGGUCUUGCAAAGUGCACUCUCACUCCUGUGUGUUACCAGAAGUGACGAUACAAAGAGAUUGUGUGGAGGCCAAGAGCAUAGAUGACUAAAGUAGUUCGAAGCAGGCAUGGAGUUAGUGCUGUUUGUUUGAACAGUUCUAUUAUCAUUCUUAGCUAUACAUGCUCAUGUUGGGGAGCAAAGUCCGAUUCUUGAAGCUUUUAAAGUUCUCUCAUAUUUAGAGUAAAGAGAAGUAUGAUAAACGUAAGAGACCACUUCCUCUUGUCAGGUUGUAAAGCUAGUGACUUUCAUCAGUAGCAUCUCAGUUCUGGUAGGAGGUCCUGAGUGAUGUGUCAAGUUGGGACACGCUCCUGUAUGAUCUUACUUGGAUCCUAAAUUCUAAAGGAGAAAAGAAUUGAUUCCCCCAAAAGAAUUUCCAUGCCUUUCUUCUUUCCUGUGUGCACUGAGAUGUUCUACCAGAGAACAACAAGACCUUGUUCUCUUUAUGACUAGAGUCUAGCCGAUAAUAAGGGUAAUGGCAUGCCCACAAGGGUGGGUUGUUCAGAGCCAACAAACAGAAAGCUGGGCCCCAAACCUAGGAGUUGCUCAGCUACACAACUCAACCUGGUAUCUCCCUGACAAAUGCCCGGCUACUACUCCUUCUACCUAAGACCUGUUAUGACUCCCUAGGGAAACAACCUAGUGUCCUCUGUUGCUCUCCCUUGGACCCCGAACUAUUCCUUUCCUCUCUGGGUGGUCUGUAGGCCCAUUCCCAUUUGUAUGUGCCAGUAUGUCUGUGUUGUGAGUGUGCUGGUGCCUUUCACACAGAGAUUUCACAGAACCACUCUCAUGUCCCUCCCUGGCCUACCCCACUCCCCACUGCCCACUGCCCAUGGUGUGACUGUUUUGCUAUUCAAGACUAUCUGUAAAAAAUGUACAAAUAAAAGUUAAAAACUGAAAAUUAAGGGGAGGGGGAAUUGCAUCUUCUUAAAUGCUGUAAUGUAGCCCUCGGUUUCCUGAGGGCCUGUGAGGACUGCCCUAGAAUCCUGAAUCUGGGGGGCACUUGAAGGGAGGGGACGCCUGUCACAGAUUUCUCUGGUUGUUUUCCUGAUGGUCGCUUCUGCUUGCUUGGUACUCUCUGUUCUGAAGACAUUUGCCUUUAAACUUAAGUAUGUCUCCCCCACCCCCAACACCCCUAAAUAAAAGCAUAUCAUCCAAGUUAGACUAGUGAAGGCCAGGAUCCAUCUCAACCCAGAGACAUGACCUGGGGUGAUACUAGUGACUUUGUUAAUAGCUCACCUGGAACCUUGGGUGAAUCUUGUGACCUCACCACGUAUCCAUGUCCUCUCAGACUCACGGGAAGCAGGGUGACGUUGGGGACACACGUGACACCUAGUCUCCCUGUCCAUUCUGCUGCUAUUUGUGCCCAUGCUGGCUGUUGUAUGCUGACAGAGCUCAGGCAACCUAGGAGCAGCUUGCUUCCUGUUGCUCUGGUCGGAAGCCGACUUUCCUCAGAAAGUAGCCUGCAGCCGGUUUGUGGACAGAGUCCAAAGCCUUUGAUCUACCUUUUCAGUCUCAGAUGCCUUUUCACACCCACUUUGAUGAUCUCAUCUUGCUCUCUCUGAUGGACAGAGCUUUGCCACACAGGACUGGGGUAGGAGAAAGAUCAUCAAAGGAGAUAUGUGAGUGGAUCGCUCAACCAACUGUGGCUGGCUCUACAAAUGUGGCUUCCUGCAUAAAGAAGCACAGGCUGGCCAGGGGACACUAUAAAAUGGGGAGGGGGAAAAAGAACUUGGUUCUGGAGAUAAGAUGGAGGUUGUAGGUAGAGGAUGUGGUUAGAUAAACUUAGAGGUUAAUGAAAAAAAUGUUUGUGCUUCCAAAAAGUCCCUCAGCAGAGUAGCAGAGAAGCAUCCCCAAGGCAGUAGUAACCCUAGAAGCAUCCAGGGCAUGGAUAAUCCCAGAAAGCAAGGGGCUACUAGGGAAGAGUGAUUGCCCAAGAGAGAUACACACAUUUGGCCUGCGCAAGCAGCCCUCCACUCAUGGUUAUAGACCCUUCAGCCUAACACUUCCUCACUACUCAUGGAGUUUGGUGACCCUCCUUGAGAACUGUACAAGGAAGGAUUUAGACCACCCCACCACUGUCCAAUAAAAUUUGGUACAAGUUGAAAUAUUUGAUAUAUUCUUCUACCCACGUUGAAAAGCACCAGCAAAACAGGUGAUAUUAAUUUCAAUACUAUAUUUGAACCCAGCACAUCAAAAAUAUUAUUAGCACUUCAACAUGGAAUCAGUAUAAAAGUUACUGGCAUGUUUUAUGUUCUGUUUAUUUCAAGAUAGAUCUUCUAAACCCAAGGUGGGUUUUACCCUGAGAAAACAUCUCCAGCUGGAUCAGCCACAUUGUGGGGGCUCAAAAGCUGCACCAGGCUUUUGUGACCAUCUAGGAGAACAGAGAGUAAGGUCUGUCCAGAGACUGAGCAGGAUGCUCUGGCCAGUGAGUCACACACUGUGGUGGAUUUCCUUGUGAGAACAAAGGCAAAGGCUGGAUUUACUCAGUAGCAGCAGAGCUAUAACCAUGAUGCUGACUCACCCUUGGAAGUUCUACUCUACCGUCUUAGUAAGGGGAGAGAGUCACUGCUGUGAACCAACCACACGUUAUAUCUGCCUCAAGAGGAAUUAGUGCUAUCCUUGGACAAGGCCCUGAUGACUGUCAGAGUCCUAGGGAGAAAGCAGGGCAUGCCCUUGGGCUGUAGGAGAGUCAGGCACGGCCCACCCUAUCCAUAUAGAUAGAUGUCUUAUAUCUUAUGAUAAGAGAUAGACAGGCCUCCCUGUUGUUAAGAAUAAACGUCUUUCCCAUCUUUUAACAUCUGGUGGAGUCUCCUGCUAAAAACAUCAUCCUCCAAUUUCUUUAAUUUUUUUUUUUUUUUAAAUCUUGAGUGUUGAAAAGGAGAUAUGGGAAAAGAAUAGCAGCCACACCGGGUCUCCUAAGAGGUAGCAGAGACAAGUUCUGUCCUUACACUAGGACACAGGCCACCAUUUCCUACCUCUCCUUUCUGCUUAGAGAUCUUCCUUAGAUCUAAAUGAGCCUCUUCUGUGUGUGUGAGAAAGACAAGUAAUGAGAUCUUAGGACAUAGAACAGAAUCAAUGCAAGCAACCAGCCCCUGGGAAUUCUCCAACCAUGGCAAAGAGCCUGUAUGAUAAGGCUUGAUUCACUUAAAAUCUAAUAUUCUGAGCCCUCUGCCUGCCACGCAGGAGAAAGGGAGCUGAUUUGGUGAGUAUGUUAUAUAUGUGCUCAUUAGACAGGGGCCAUGGCCGGCAAAACUUUCAAACACCUGGAGUGUUGAUGGUCCACCAACUUGUGGCUCAGUCAAUAUAAAUUUAUUUACUUUCACUCUAAUUUGCAUAGUGCUUUCUGAUUGGUUAGACACAGUGUGGUGUAUACUGCAGGAUUCUAACAAGACUCUCCCCUUGGAAAUAACAAUUCCUGUGGUUAUUGGUGCUAAAAUAAGAUUAAAUAUUAUGUUAAUUUGUUCUGAUACAAUUUGAAUAAAUGUAUUGUUUAAUCUUAACAAGAAUGCUACAUCUUAUCAGAUCUAUUGUACUGUCUGUUUCUUCUCAUAAUUAAUUAAUUACAGGAAAGGUGAUCCGAACCAGAUCUGGAAACUCUUGUGAUAUUCUGAGAGGAACUUACCAGGGAAGUGGGAGGGGGAAUGAAAAGGGAAAUUGCCAGGUUCCUGUGACUUUGAAAGGACUGAGGAAGCAGAGAGCAAGCGUUUGGGGACUUCAAUGAAACUGACUGCAUCUUGCAAUUUUCUUUUUCAAAUUGGCAGAAAUAUUGUUAUUUCCAUCGAUUGAAGAAAAAAAGUGUCUGGUAAUUAAUUAAAUGACUUGUUCAUGGAAAAAAAAUAAAAAUAAAUAAUCUGUCAGUUGUGGAA